AAUCUGUAUAAACUUGCCAACGAAGAAGCAAAGAAGAAAGGCUAUGACUUGCGAAUUGAUGCUAUCCCAAUCGUGGCAGCCAAGGCCUCCAGGAACAUUGCCAGUGAUUACAAAUACAAAGAUGGGUACCGCAAGCAGCUCGGUCACCACAUUGGAGCCCGGAACAUUGAAGACGACCCGAAGAUGAUGUGGUCCAUGCAUGUGGCCAAGAUCCAGAGUGACAGAGAGUACAAGAAGGACUUUGAGAAGUGGAAGACCAAGUUCAGCAGCCCAGUGGACAUGCUGGGGGUGGUCCUGGCCAAGAACUCUCAGGCCUUGGUCAGUGACGUGGACUAUAGAAACAUCCUGCAUCA